ACCUCCCUGUGCACGGUGCGUCUUCGAGGAGUAGCUGUAGCUGACUUGUAGUGGAACGUGCGGUACGCGAAGUAGUGCGAAGGAACGGUACUCGGAGAUGUUGUGGGUUCUAGGGUUUGGCGUGGUUGUGGCGGUGGCGGCGGUCAACAAUAACCAGGUGCCGAAAACCGGUUUCUCCUGUGACGGCCGCACCACCGGCUACUACGCAGACGUGGAAAGUGGCUGCCAGGUCUACCACAUGUGCGACGGCCUCGGGCGCCAGUUCAGCUACACCUGCCCCAACGCGACUCUCUUCCAGCAACGAAUGCUAAUCUGUGACCACUGGUACAUGGUCAACUGCAGCAAAUCCGUCGAUGAUUACACAGCCAAUUUACGCAUCGGGCGCAAAAUGCCCUUCGUUGACGACUCGGAAUCUAACCCCUACCACAGGACACCCAGACCCGACUUGCUAUCACACCCCAGCCAAUCCGAAUACGACAUAAUUUAUCGAACGGGCCGCGCUCAAUUCGGAACCAACUUAAACCUAGUGGGGGCGGAGUCUGAUAAGAACGCUACCACCAGUACUACCGACGAACCGACGUAUUCUUUGCCUAGUCACUGGUCGACUGAGUACGAUCAACAAUCCACGACGUCUAAACCGAAUAAAGUGGUGUUCAACCCGAAGAAGACACUCGACAGUGGGAGUAUUAAAGGCAAACCGGUGGUUCCUACAAGUACCGUUACUGAAGUCCCGGUUAACUAUAAGUCGUCGUUUAAAGCCACAACUCCCGUGUUUCCUGAAACUGUCGACGUGAGUACCGUCGGUCCUGAUGAAGCCGGGUUGGUACCACCGCUUCCUUAUCAAAAUCAAGUUGGUUUUAAUGACACACCAACUGAAAGUAGUACCGUUCAAGUAAAUUUUGAAUCCCAGUUUAAAGCGACGACUCCGGUGUACCCUACCGCGGUGGAUGUAACAAGUGAAGAACCCGCCGACGUUGGGGUACUACCACCCGGAAAUAGUACCGACGACAACAGUACCAACGUACAAAUUCCUACUCUGAGUUUGGAGUUUCAAGCACCUCCGGUGGAUGUCAAUUUCGACCCUACCAACCGCACGGAAAAAGUUGAACCAGUACUACCCUCAAAGUUCUACCAGCCGCCGAAAUUUGAACCCGAUUAUACCGAAGAGGAAAGCGAGGAGGCGCAGGGACGACAAGGAGGGUUCAAGGCUUUGAAUAGCAACGAAUGGGAAGAUCUGAGGAAGAAGUUUUUGAUUCCUGAUUAUGAGUUCCCGUUGGAGAGUGUGUCAAGGCCGAGUUACGAUAGUGUGUUGAGUUCGUUUCAAGCUAGUGCUGUGCCAUCAAAGAAGAAGUGAAUGAGGAGACAGUUUGGAUUUUUUGGGAAAAGUUUGAUACCAAAGCGACUGACAUGGAGGGUUAAAUUAAAAUUACUAAUUAGUUUUUUUUUAAUUAGGUGUUUAAAUAGUUCGGAAAAUGUCAUAGAGCCCGUUUGUGUGGUUCCAAGAUGAUUUUUCACACAAAUCACAAGUUAAUUAUGAUUAAUUGCAAAGUUUGUUGUCAUUAUAUGACACCUUGCUGUACAUAAACUGUAUGUAUAAUUUAUUCUAAGUUAUAAUAAACUUUAGUGACUUA